AUGCCAACGAUUUUGGUUACCGGAGGUGCCGGAUACAUCGGUAGCCACACCGUCCUCCAGCUUCUCCUCGCCGGUUACAAUGUCUUCGCCGUCGACAACUUAGACAACUCCUCCGUAACCGCCAUCCUCAGAGUCAAGGAACUCGCCGGAAAAUUUGCAAAGAACCUUUCCUUUGUCGAGUUGGACUUGCGGGACAGAGCUGCUCUCGGGAAAGUUUUUUCAACCGCAAAGUUUGAUGCUGUCAUACAUUUUGCUGGGCUGAAAGCAGUAGGUGAAAGUGUGCAUAAACCUUUACUCUACUUUGACAACAACUUGAUUGGGACAAUCAUUCUAUUUCAAGUCAUGUCUGCUCAUGGAUGCAAGAAGCUCGUGUUCUCAUCUUCAGCAACUGUAUAUGGCUGGCCAAAGGAGGUUCCAUGUACUGAAGAGUUCCCUUUGUCAGCGACAAACCCAUAUGGACGAACCAAGCUCAUCAUCGAAGAGAUUUGUCGUGAUCUCCACCGUGCAGAAUCAGAUUGGAAAAUUAUACUGUUGAGAUAUUUCAACCCAGUUGGUGCACAUCCUAGUGGUUCUAUUGGUGAGGAUCCUCAUGGAGUUCCGAACAAUCUCAUGCCCUUUGUUCAACAAGUGGCAGUCGGCAGACUACCUUCACUGACGGUUUUUGGAAACGAUUAUAAAACAUGUGACGGCACUGGAGUUCGUGAUUACAUUCAUGUUGUUGACUUAGCAGAAGGGCACAUUGCUGCUUUGCGUAAACUGGAUGAUCCUAAAAUUGGUUGUGAAGUUUAUAACUUGGGAACAGGAAAGGGAACAUCAGUUUUGGAGAUGGUAAAGGCUUUUGAAAAGGCAUCUGGAAAGAAAAUUCCACUUGCAAUGGGUGGUCGUAGACCUGGAGAUGCUGAAAUUGUUUAUGCAUCAACGAAGAAAGCGGAAAGAGAACUUAAUUGGACGGCCAAACAUGGCAUCGAUGAUAUGUGUCGAGAUCAAUGGAAUUGGGCCAGCAAAAACCCAUAUGGAUACGAUAGAUAUGGAGAUUCCUCCAAGUGA